AUGAACCCGUCAACGAUCGAUCGUAUGCCUUUGUUGCUCAAGCUGCCGGUGGAAGUCAGGAAUGAAAUCUACCGCUGGGCCAUCGACUCUGAAAAUCGCCAGCCUCUGCGAUAUCGAAACUAUCUGUCUUCUGCCAUUAUUCCGCAACCAAUCCCUGAAAAUCGCCAAGGUAAUCACACUCGCGGUGUCUGGUAUCGUUCGACAAAUCCUGCCCUGUCUCUCCUCCAGGUCAACAAACAAGUCAAUGAAGAAGUCACGCGAUUCCUCCAGCACCUACGCACCGCCGACUACUCUGUCGAUAUCGUGUAUGUCAAGGGCUCAGGAAUUUGGCCAACUUGGUCUGUCCCGGCUCGGCCAAAAACGCCCUACAUCAACUCAGUCUACGCAAUCUUAAGAACCUCAGAUCAGCCCGCAGCUCUGCGAGAUCGUUUCCGAGACGAAUCAGGAAUCGGCUCUGGGUGGAAUUGCAAUAAUGUCUUUCUAACUUACUUCGACGGCCUACUUUCAACGCUGUUCAAUCGUGGACCGGGGUUUCUAGACCGCAGCCGCAGUCAUCAUGAAGAUGACGCCAAGGUCGCUCCCACAUAUGUCGUCAAUCACAUCAUCAUUGACGUGGUUUCGCUCACUAAUUCUUCAAGCCAAAACAACAUGCUAGCGGGCGAUGAGCAAUCCCAGAGCAGCAAUGACCGGCGGACCCAUUUGCAAGGAAAUGAAGAGAGCCCGGUAUCACCUGAGGAACGGCUGGGGGCGUGCAUGACAGGGCUCCUAGAACGGAUCCUGGGCCUGGGCCCUUCAGCGUACCUACCACACAUCGGAAUGAUGGUGUACGAACAGAUUAUUGGUUCCUUUAUUUUCAUGGUGAACGGGAAAGAAGUCUGGACGAUCGAUGUCGAAGAAAGGCUGCAGCACUGGGGAGCUUGUCGUCUAGCCCACGAGGCGCCAGCAAAAAUGCAGAAGUACCAGGAAUGGAAGCAUUGGGUGGAUGGAAGGCGAGCGAGAAUGAAGGAAGGUCUUGAUUUGGAUAACACAAGGCCUGCUACCAACAACAUCUGGAGUCGCCGUUCGACAUGA